GCCUGGGCGGGGCCACACUGGCCCAGCUUUCUAAGCGGAGGGCGGCUGGGCCAGGUGCCAUACGGAGUGGACAUGGGGCUGUGCCUGCCCUGCCUGGGAAAUGGGCCCCGGGACCCGCCACACGUAGAAGAUAGAAGACUAAAACUUGCAGAAGCUGCAGAAAGAAGACAGAGAGAGUCAUCAUCUCGAGGAAUUUUAAAUCUGCAUUCUGUAGAAGAGAAGAAGAAGAGAAAGGAAAAAAUGGAAAAACAGUUGCCUUCUGGUGGUCCCUCACAAGGAGGGCUUCGAUGGACAGUUUCAUAAAAAUGUGUGCCAAAUGGAAGAUGAGACUACUGGCGAUAACCUGUGGAACACUGCAGUCAUCUGGCGCUUCGUAA